AUGCUCACUUUAGGGCCGUGCGUCCACGCCAUUGUCUACCCUUGGUUGUCUGGAACCACCUUUCUUCCCAAAGCUCUUGCAGCCCGUCUCGGUCACCAACAAUGGAUCCAUAUACCACUGAGCCAGAACACAUCCCGGCCACUGACUUGUACGCGGACAUUCCCCUCUACGGAUGGUAUCGCUCUAAACCCGGCGAUUUUUCUGCCAGGCUUGAGUAUGUCUCCUGCCAAUCCCCCCGAGGCAAUGCAGUACUGGGAGUCAGUCCUGAGCCUCUGUGAGGGGUCUACUCAAAUAUACCCUGCCGAUGAAGGUGGUCGGGAUGUGUUCGCGCUGGGGAACGUCAUUGUUAAAUCAAGUCAUCUCCAUGGCACGCAAGAGAUCGAUUAUUCCUUCGCCGACGCCAAUGAGGUCAAGGCCAUCCCGGUUGCCAGGAAGGUACUAAGAGAUAUCAGGGUACCGGAGAUAUACUUCGCAGGCAAGAUACGGGGCCGCCAAGUGCUGAUCCAAGAAAGACUCCCCGGUGUCGCUCUGAAUGUUGCAUGGCCUUAUCUUUCACAACUCCAGAAAAAGUCCUUCAAAGAGCAGGCGCGGGCGAUACUUCAACAGCUUCAUACCAUCAUGCCUCAUGAUGGACGGCAGGCUCGGUUCCAUGUUGUAUCAGACCCUAACAUCCUCUGUAACGGCCGAAUCAACCCCCUGGAAGGAGAGAUUCUUUUUGCCGACGCUAAUCAUGACGCGGAUUUGAGUUUUAUGCAUAAUGACUUCACCCAAUCCAACUGUAUUGUGGAUAGAGACAGAAUCGUGGGACUUGUCGAUUGGGAAAUGGCCGGGUUCUUCUGUUGGAAGACGGCUGGCGAAGUUCAUAGAAGAAUCCGAACUCCUCAAAGGGAACAUUUCGUGAAUGCAUCUCUGAGUGAGGAUAGACUGCAAGAUAUCAUGUUUUGGAAUGAUCUCUAUGAUUGA